ACUCGGCUUUACCACGCUACGGCCAGCAAGCCAGCAAGCCACCUGCAGUCAGCAUUCAGCGUUCACUGCGGACACAUCGCGAACACCUCCACCACCACCGCUUUGAGUGUACCUGUGGUAGUUUAUCGCAUCACUCGUCGCAGACAUGCAGCAAGUCUUUAUCUGCCUUAUCGUUGUAGUUUCCUACGUGGCGGCCCUCAACGGCAACGCUCUGCCUGAUAGAGGUGACGAAGUGGACUGCUCUGCGCCCAAGGCCUGGGGAAAUUGCGAGGGACAGGAGGAGGCUUGGCACUUUGACCAGGAGGAGGGCAGAUGCAGGUUCUUCGUGUACUCUGGUUGUGGCGGGAACUCCAACAGGUUCCCCACGAGGCAAGAGUGUGAGGAGUCUUGCGAGGGGAACUACUGCCCGGACCUUGACUGCCCGCUCUCCUGCAGCACCACGGUAGACGCUGACGGGUGUGAGGUCUGCGCUUGCACUAAAGAGCAAGGAGCAGCAGUGUGUAGUCAGCCCAUAAAGCGUGGCUACUGCCGGGCUCUGUACUUCAAGUGGGCCUGGUCCCAGGAAUCUGGCACCUGCGUGUCAUUCGUGUACGGAGGCUGCGAGGGGAACGAUAACAGUUUUGAAUCUGAGGAGAAUUGUUUGAGUGUGUGUGGCGCGACGCUUGUCUAGACGGCCAUCCCCUCACAGGACUCCCGGCGGACAACUCCCGUCUUUCCCUGGAACUUUCCGACGGAUGUAGUGAUUCUUAAAGGUUAAGAUCUCAUUCAUUGUAAUUUAUAGCAGUCGUGUUGACUUGACGGUCAUCUCCUGGCCAUGAACAGACUGACGGGGGGCCAGCACACACCCAGCCCCAGGAACGGUGACGCCACACUUGUUGCCUCAUGUCAGGCGAGGCUGCAGGAAGGCACAGCGGGUAUAGGAAGCAUCUUGGCGCACCUUGCACACCUCAUCACGCCACACACCGCUGUGCACCAGGAGAGGGAGGCGUCAUGCAGCGUGCACGCACAGACACCACAGAAGGGAGUGGCACGUGUGUGGAGCUGUGUGCAGGUGUGGCGCUGUGCAGGUGUUGGAGGGGUCUGUGUUCAUGAUCAGGGUGUUGGGGGGAUGUGCUCUUAUCUUGAUAUAACCCCCCCAGUCUCUCUCUCUCUCUCUCUCUCUCUCUCUCUCUCUCUCUCUCUCUCUCUCUCUCUCU